AAGUGAGCUCACGGGGGAGGCAGGCCCGCGGCGCGGCGCCGGGAGGCUUGGGGAGACCGGGGAGGAGGCCGGGGCCGCGGGACUCGACUCGCUCUCGGCAGCGCACUCGCUGCUUCGCGGCCGCGGGAGGGAGCGCGCGGGGCGGGACUCGCGAGGCUCGGGCUUCCAGGACAGAACCGGGAGGCUGGGGCCCGGCGAGCUCCGUGUUCCCGGGGGCGCGGCCCUGGCCCCGCUGCCCCACCCUCCCGCCGCGUGAGCGCGCCCCUGGCCCUCCAGCGCGCGCCCGCCCGCGCCCGCGUCCACCUCCCCUCCGCCUGCGUCCGCGCCCCUGCCAACGCCGGGUCCUGGAGCUCGGGUUUACCCUCCGAGCGUGGAGCUGUUUGCAGGAGCUAACCAGGGCGACCGCGGCCACCCCCUCGUGAAUACGCUCAGUCCUCGUGCUUCAGAGUAGUGAGCUGCGGGUCUGUCUCCAAACCUGUACCGUCUGCCACCGCCCGCGCCGUCACCCCGCGGCUCCGCUGCAGUCCUGUCCGGGAAGGGUUGACAGAGCGAGGCUGGCUGUCUCGCCCGGCACGAGGCCCCGAGAGCAGAAAACAGGAGCGAGCGUGGGAGGGAGCCACGGGCUCGCGAGGAGGCUGCGAGGCGAUCCACGACCUUUCGGGAUGUGAUGCUCGCCCGGGAAGGGGCUGUGGGGACCGCAGAGCCGUGACUCGCCCGGGGACCCAGAGCAGAAGCGCCAGGUCGCUUCUGGCAUUUUACCUGCAAAAGCAGAUGAGCACACGAGCCCAGAGAGCUGAUUACCCCCAGUCGCACAGCUAGAGAGCCCAGGAUGGCUUCUUGCUCAUUGCCAUACUCCGUGAAAAUUAUUGCAGAGACGGGCCAGGUACUGGGAUUGGUUACCGGAGCCAGAUCCAGACUGGAUUCUACAGAGCAUACCUCUGCACUUCUACUGUCCGCAGAUAGCAGUUUCUACACAGCUAACUUGGAACAGAAGGGAGAGGAAGUGAUGAAGAGGAUUAACACCCUGCUUCUAAUUCUGGCCAACUCAGAGGCUCUGCACGGAAAAUCAGGAGUGACAGGAGUCCUGGAAGAGGGCCACCUGGCCAUCAGAAAAUUCCAGAGGGAUGUGGUCACUGCCAGACAUACAGUCGAUCCGGUGUCCUUUCCUCUGGCUGUGAGCAGAAAGUUCCUGACUUCCUCAAUGCUGCAACAGGCGGCCAGGAGGCAGCAGGAAGAGGGGACACCCUUCUGCACUCUUUCCAUAAACGGUGGCUGCUUGUUUGCGUGUUGGUUUGCUUUUCAUACCGAGGCUCUCCUCUGCUCUGUAUUUCAUUUCAAAGUCACCAAGCAAGAAAACUGACCCGGCUACAGAUAAAAAGAAGAAUGAACAAUGAAGCAGUUAAAGAAUGACUAACUCUCUACCCCCAGUAGCCCCCUUAGCAAUACUGCUGGCAGAUCACUUGGACAAGAUGACAUCUGAAGAGAGUCAGCCAGUCUGCACGCAAUGGAGAUGCAGAACCCAACCUCCCUCCUUGAUGAUUCCCUGAGAUUCUCCUCCUCCUCACAUUUUUCCCUUUAAAGACUGUCAUGGCUGAGCAGAAUCUUCAGAGGUGGUCUCUGGACACGAGUCCACCUUCUCCCCAGAUUGCCAGCUUUUCUGAUUAAAGCACCUUUCCCCUCUACUGACACUUGCCUCUCCAAUGAUUGGCUUUUGAGCAGCGAGCAGCCGAACCUGAGUUCAGUAACACUGGUACCUCAGGAGGUGGGAGGAGAGGCCUCUUGGACCUGGGACCACUG